AGCCUUUUCUUCUCAACUGAAAUGGUGACUUUGGGAAUCUUCUAAAAAAAAAAAAAAUGAAUCCCUACAAGACAUAAUGAAGAAAAUCUAUGGUGCCAUGGCCAUAUCCUCCCACCGGGUGAAAGGUCUCCAGGAGGCGGUUCUCUGCUCCCUGUGCCGGGAAUAUUUCCAGGAUCCAGUGAUUCUCAAGUGCGGGCACAACUUCUGCCGAGCCUGCAUCACCCAGUACUGUGAGGCCUCCCGAAGCGCUGCCUCCUAUGCCUGCCCGCAAUGCGGAAAGGCCUUCGGGAAAGGCGAAUUCCAGCCCAACAGGCAGCUGAGAAAUGUGGUCGAACUAACCAGAAGGCUCCCAGACCCGAGUGGGAGCAGCGCAUGCAAAGAACAUGAGGAGUUUUUGAAACUCUUCUGUGAAGUGGAUCAAGCCCCCAUCUGCCUGGUCUGCAGAGAGUCCCACAGUCACAAAGAACACACCGUGGUGCCCAUUGAUGAGGCGGCUCUGGAGUACAAGGUUAAAGUCCAAAAGCAUUUGGAGAGUUUGAAGGAGAGAGAAGAGAUUCUGUUACUUAAAUUGAGUGAGGAAAAUAAAAGCCAGGAACUGCUGAAACAGACACAAGCCGAGCGGCAGAAGAUUGUGGCCGAGUUUCAGCAGUUGCGCCACUUCCUUGAGGAACAAGAGCAACUCCUGCUGGCCCAGCUGCAGAAGCUGGAGGAGGAGAUCAUGAGGACCCAGACUGACACUGUCCGGAAACUCUCUGCACAGAUUUCCCGCCUCGUUUCCCUGAUCAGGGAGCUGGAGGGGAAGUUGCAGAAGCCUGCGAGUGAAUUCCUGAAGGUGAGUGAGGAACACAGGCACUGACUCCAGGGGGGCUCCCGGGGCUUCGGGCUUCGCAUCUGCCAGCAGUCAGCUUCCCUGCUGUGCUGUUAGUGCAUCCAGCCGGCAGCC